UUAAUUGAUUUCCUUUUUUUUUCCCCCGAGCAACCCGACUCCGAGAAUGGACAUUUCAUUUAUUCAUUUACUCACCAAAUGUUUACUAAGAGCCUACUAUGAGUCAAGCACUGUGUGUCAGGCCCUGAGAAUAAAGCAGUGAGCAACAGAAGAUCCCUGCCCUCCAGUAGCUAGCAUUCUAUGGGAACUAGGACAAUAAACCAUAAUAAGUCAAUAAAAUAAAUUACCUGUCGGCGCCACAAAAGCAAUGGGAUGAGGGAGGAAAUGGGGAGUGUCUGAGGGGCGUGGCUGCCAUAUUAAAGAGGAUCACGAGGCAGUAACAUUUGCAGCAGUCCUCAUGUGGAACGGGAAAUAAUGCAGAUGAACACCAACAAAUUCCUUACCAUCCCCAGAAGUUUCUAACUUCAAGCGGGCUCCAUACCUUUCAACUGAUCUCGUCACUGGGGAAAGCGGGGACGGGCCUCUAAUUCUCUUUGCCCUCCUAUUCUGACAUUUACGGUACGCGUAGCCGCGGGCGCCGCAGAACUCAGGGGCUUGGGCCCCGCCCCAACCCCGCGCGUACGCGUGCGCAGGUAUAAGAGAGCGGUCUGGACGGCGCGUGGCCUGCGCCGCUGCGGGGACAGCUCGACCAGCGGCUGGAUGGCGCGGGUUGGAGCGCGGCGAACAGGGGCUCUGGGCCUGGCGCUGCUGCUGCUGCUCGGCCUCGGACUAGGCCUGGAGGCCGCCGCGACCCCGCUUUCCACCCCGACCUCUGCCCGGGCCGCAGGCCCCAGCUCAGGCUCGUGCCCACCCACCAAGUUCCAGUGCCGCACCAGUGGCUUAUGCGUGCCCCUCACCUGGCGCUGCGACAGGGACUUGGACUGCAGCGAUGGCAGCGAUGAGGAGGAGUGCAGGAUUGAGCCGUGUACCCAGAAUGGGCAGUGCCUACCGCCCUCUGGCCUCCCCUGCCCCUGCACCGGUGUCAGUGACUGCUCUGGGGGAACCGACAAGAAACUGCGCAACUGCAGCCGCCUGGCCUGCCCAGCGGGUGAGCUCCGUUGCACACUGAGCGAUGACUGCAUUCCACUCACAUGGCGCUGCGACGGCCACCCAGACUGUCCCGACUCCAGCGAUGAGCUCGGCUGUGGAACCAACGAGAUCCUCCCGGAAGGGGAUGCCACAACGAUGGGGUCCCCUGUGACCCUGGAGAGUGUCACCUCUCUCGGGAAUGCCACAACCAUGGGGCCCCCUGUGACCCCGGAGAGUGUCACCUCUCUCUGGAAUGCCACAAUCAUGGGGCCCCCUGUGACCCUGGAGAGUGUUACCUCUGUCGGGAAUGCCACGUCCUCCUCUGCCGGAGACCAGUCUGGAAGCCCAGCUGCCUAUGUGGUUAUUGCAGCUGCUGCGGUGCUCAGUACAAGCCUGGUCGCCGCCACCCUCCUCCUUUUGUCCUGGCUCCGAGCCCAGGAACGCCUCCGCCCGCUGGGGUUACUGGUGGCCAUGAAGGAGUCCCUGCUGCUGUCAGAACAGAAGACCUCGCUGCCCUGAGGACAAGCACUUGCCACCACUGUCACCCAGCCCUGGGCGCAGCCAGGCAGGAGGAGAGCAGUGAUGCGGAUGGGUACACAGGCACACCAGCCCUCAGAGACCUGAGCUCUUCUGGCCACAUGGAAUCUCGAACCCGAGCUCCUGCAGAAGUGGCCCUGGAGAUUGAGGGUCCCUGGACACUCCCUAUGGAGAUCCAGGGAGCUAGGAUGGGGAACCUGCCACAGCCAGAACCGAGGGGCUGGCCCCAGGCAGCUCCCAGGGGGUAGAACGGCCCCGUGCUUAAGACACUCCUGCUGCCCCGUCUGAGGGUGGCGAUUAAAGUUGCUUCACAUCCUC